AGGAAGAAGAGUCUGGUUUCUUCUGCAACCUCUCUCAGCAAGCAGAAUGGAGAAGUCCAGGAAGAUCUUUGUCAGUGUCCUCCUGGUUGUCCUGUCUGUGGAAAUCUGCUUGGCUCAACACUGGUCCUAUGGCCUGCAACCAGGAGGGAAGAGGAAUGCUGAAAACCUGGCAGGAUCAUUUCAAGAGAUUGCAAAUGAAAUGGAAAAAUCAGGGGAAGUGCAGCAGAGUGAAUGUCCAGGCUUGUCCCAGCACCCCAGGGCCAGUGAGCUGAGGGAAGCUGUGGAAAGGCUGAUGGAAGGAGAAGGCAGAGCAAAGAAGAUUUAAACCAAAAGCCAAACAGAACAACAGACCCAGAAUGAAAUGUCAAAGCUUGUUUAAAUCAACUGCUCCUCAAAUGGCCUCUGCUUAGAUUGCUGUGAAUAAAGACUGAGCUGCAU